CCGGUUCCAACCCCCAGGCCCUUCCCAUCACUCCCCGCAUGGACCAAUCACAGUGCCCGAGGGUGUGUCCGGGGCCCACAACGAAGCGGCCCUAGUGUCUCUGAUGGAGCGUACGGGUUACGGCAUGGUGCAGGAGAACGGUCAGAGGAAAUACGGCCCGCCGCCGGGCUGGGAAUCCGCCUCCCCGCCACGCGGCUGUGAGAUCUUCGUGGGUAAGAUCCCCCGGGACGUCUACGAAGACGAGCUGGUCCCGGUGUUUGAGUCGGCGGGUCAGAUCUACGAGAUGCGUCUGAUGAUGGACUUUGACGGUAAGAACCGCGGCUAUGCCUUCGUCAUGUACACACAGAAACACCAGGCCAAACGCGCCGUGCGGGAGCUCAACAACUACGAGGUGCGUCCCGGACGCCUCCUAGGGGUCUGCUGCUCCGUGGACAACUGUCGCCUCUUCAUCGGGGGCAUCCCCAAAACCAAGAAGAGAGAGGAGAUCCUGGAGGAGGUUUCCAAGGUGACGGAGGGCGUCCUGGACGUCAUAGUGUACGCCAGCGCGGCGGACAAGAUGAAGAACCGGGGCUUUGCCUUCGUGGAGUACGAGAGUCACCGUGCCGCCGCCAUGGCGCGCAGGAAGCUGAUGCCCGGCAGGAUCCAGCUGUGGGGGCACCAGAUCGCCGUGGACUGGGCGGAGCCGGAGAUAGAUGUGGACGAGGACGUCAUGGAGACCGUGAAGAUUCUAUACGUCAGGAACCUGAUGAUGGAGACCAGCGAGGACACACUGAGACAGGUGUUUGGCCAGUGGAACCAGGGCUGCGUGGAACGUGUCAAGAAAAUCCGCGACUACGCCUUCGUCCACUUCUCGUCCCGCGACGAUGCCGUGGUUGCCAUGGACCACCUGAACGGGACGGAGGUGGAGGCUUGUAUCGAGGUCACCCUGGCUAAGCCUGUCGACAAGGAGCAGUACACGCGUUACCAGAAGGCAUCUAAAGGGGGCGCUACAGCGGCCGCGGCAGCUCCGGAACCAGUCCAGCAGAACUAUGUGUACCAGUGUGACCCUUACACCCUCACCUACUAUGGGUACCCUUACAACACGCUGAUCGGACCCAACAGGGACUACUUCAUCAAAGCAGGUGCUGUGCGAGGUCGUGGCCGAGCGACGGCAGGUAGCCGUGCCCCCGGCCCCCGGGGGUCAUACCUGGGUGGUUACUCUGCUGGGCGGGGUAUCUACAGCCGGUACCAUGAAGGCAAAGCCAAGGGCCCCGACAACAAGGCCUACGAGCUGGUACCCUCUAUGGAGCUGACUGCCUCAGUCAACCCGUUGGGCAUCAAGCCUUGCACAAUGGGCCUGCAGGCUCUAGGAGGCCAGUACCCGGUGUUCCAGGGAGCCAAGCUGAUGGAAGGGAAGAUGCAUCACUCUGUGGAGCACCUCAUUAACCCCCUGGCCCUGCAGCACACCCACAGCCCAGAACACACAGACAGUACACACACAGCCCAGAACACACAGACUGUUAUACCUGCUGUCUCCUCCCCUCCACCCUACCAGGGUCGUCCCAUCACACCAGUGUACACCAUGACCCACAACAUGCAGCGUAUCCCCACGGCCAGUGGUCUGUACGGAGCAGGCUAUAUGCCCAUCACCAACUACAACGCUGCUGCCCUGGCAGCCCUGCAGAAGAACGCAGCCGUGGCCGCUGCAGCCUACGGAGGGUACGCGGGUUACGCCAUGCCCCAGGCCUUCCCUGCCGCAGCGUUUCAGGUGCCCAUCCACGACGUCUACCAGACCUACUGACAACAGAUACCAGACCUACUGACAACAGAUACCAGACCUACUGACAACAGAUACCAGACCUACUGACAACAGAUACCACACCUACUGACAACAGAUACCAGACCUACUGACAACAGAUACCAG